CAACAAUUUUCAUAUAAAAAAGAUAAAAAUAUUGCUAAAAAUGAUUAUGAAAAUACAAGUGAUGAUAUUGCUUUAUUCAACUUAGUAAAUAUAUCUACUAUAUUAGCAAGUUCACAAUUAUCUAAUAUUGGUAAAAAUGUUGCUGAAAAUGGUUAUGAAAGUACAAGCAACGAUAAUCAUAAUGAUAUCGCUUUAUCCAACUUAGUAAAUACUGCUAUAUUAACAAGUUUACAAUUGUCUAAUAUUGGUAAUACACUGUCAAAUUUAGAAAUAAAUAUUACAUCUGCUAUAUCA